CUUUUUGUAUCGAAGGAAUCAACAGCCGCCAUCUUGUCGUGGCUCGGAAUUAGGAUUUCGGUAGAUCACAAAUUUUAAUUUAGAAAUUGAGCAUCCAAACCGAGGUUUGACGGCAUACUUCCUCUGAAAACGAAGUAUUUUCACCUUUUCUGAAGUAUUUUUGACGAAAAAACGGGAAUUCGAUCGGUCGUCGUCGGCAAGAAAAUCCCGUAUAUCUGAUUUCCCCUCAAGUGCGGCGCUCGAGCCCCUAUCGCCGUUUGGAGCAGUAUUGUUUACAGGGGGUAACCGGAGGAGACAGCUUUUUACUGACAAUUUUGCUAAAAUAUAUGAUUUUUUUGCAGUUAUGCAUUUUAUGGAGCUUCAAACAAUUUUUGCAUUAAGAAAUUUUACGUCAUAAAAAUGGCCUGUUUGAACAUCUAAAAUUAACGAUUUAUGGGACAGGAAUACAAGAAUCCAUGUGAAUGUUUUUAGAUUAAAAUUUAACGUACAUUUUUCAUGGGAAAUAUUUUUAUUGGAGUUAUUUAACGAUAAUGUGGGUGUUGGUUGUUGGAUUAUCAUGGGGUGAAUGGCGGUGGCGAAGCGGGGCGCUGUUGCAUCUUUUUUGAAAUUAUCACACUCCCUCACUGCUAGAAAAUUAGCCAGUUAGCCAACGUUAGCGAGCAAACUGCUUGCUAACGUGCUAACUAGAGAAAGAAAGGUGGAGGUUGUCAGAACAACUUUUUCUGUCCCAGGAACUUCCUUUUUCAAAUAAUUAAAUAAGAAAUCCACAAAAAAUCACAAUGGCUGAAAACCUGCUCGACGUCGGACCUCCCAACUCAAAGCGACCGAAACUGAAUUCACCUGCGCUGUCAGCGUCAGAUGGACCAGUGGACCUAGGCUCCUUAUCAUGGGACGACCUGGAGAACGACCUGCCAGACGAGCUGAUCCCCAACGGAGGCUCUGGCCUGGGGGGUAUGAUGGGUGGCGCCAUGUCCUCCAAUGGGGGUAACACCAACCCUGGGGGUCCUGGACCUCUGGGCUCCAUGGUCCCGGACGCAGUGGCCAAGCACAAGCAGCUGUCAGAGCUCCUCCGGGCGGGUAGCACCUCGGGUCUCACCGGGGGUGCUGGAGGAGGAACUCAGCCCGGCGUCAUGGGGGGUCAGCUGGGUGCAGCACUUGGGAAGAGCGCCUUGGGUCAAGGGUCGCCGAAAGCGGGGACCGGACAGAACUUCAACCAGUCUCUGGGGGGCCACGCCGGGAUGUUAGCCCAGGGUGGGCAGCACCAGCCGGGCCAGGUGAUGAACGGAGGACUGGGGCUGGUUCCUGGAGGUGGACGAGGCCGGGGGCAGUACCAGGCUAUGCAGGGGGCACCAGGAGGAGGAGCGGGCAGCUCGUUGGCAGAGACCCUCACACAGCAGGGCGGGCAGCAGAUGGGCGCUGCCACCUUCAGCGCUGCGGCCGCCACCCAGCAGGCGGGCAACAUGAACAAGUUGGGCCUGGGCAGUAACGGUGGCAGUCCGUUUGGUGGUCAGUACGGCCAGGGGGGGCCAGGACAGGGGGUGAACCCCCAGCAGCUUCAGAACAAGGCAGCAGCCCUCACCGCUGUCACCAGCGUGCCAAACCUGUCCCAGCAGCAGCCCGGGCAGCAGGUGCCAUCGGUGGGCAUGGUCCCCGUGCCUGGCAGUGUCUCCGUCUCUGGCCCCACGGCCGACCCGGAGAAGCGCAAACUGAUCCAGCAGCAGCUGGUGCUUCUGCUCCACGCCCACAAGUGCCAGCGGCGCGAGCAGGCCAAUGGGGAGGUGCGGGCCUGCGCCCUGCCACACUGCCGCACCAUGAAGAACGUCCUCAACCACAUGACCCACUGCCAGGCCGGCAAGUCCUGCCAGGUGGCUCACUGUGCGUCGUCCAGACAGAUCAUCUCACACUGGAAGAACUGUACGCGGCACGACUGUCCUGUCUGCCUGCCGCUUAAGAACGCCAGCGACAAGAAGAACCAGCAACCCUUGCUGAGUUCCCCCAACGCUGCCCUCCAGAACUCCCUGGCCUCUGUGGUCUCUGGCCCCCCCAGCACCCCCUCCCUCAACACCCCCACCCCCAUUGAUCCCUCCUCCAUGCAGAGGGCCUACGCCGCCCUGGGCCUGCCCUACAGUAACCAGACCCCCACCCCCGGACAGACCCCCCCAGGGGGACAGAACGCUACCCAAGGGCAGCAUCCACAGCAGAUGAGACCCAUCAAUGCACUAGGUAACCAGAUGGCGAUGGGGGGCGGGGCGAUGGGCGUGGCCUCAUCAGAUCAGACCAACCUGCACUCGGACUCUCCCAACAAUCAGCUGCUGUCCGACGGGUCAGGUGUUGGCUCCAUGGGGGGUAGCCUGCCCACCGCCGCCCCCCUCUCAGCCACGGGAGUCAGGAAGACCUGGCAUGAACACGUCACUCAGGACCUCCGCAACCACCUCGUCCACAAACUAGUACAAGCCAUUUUCCCCACCCCAGAUCCGGCCGCUCUAAAGGACAGGCGGAUGGAGAACCUGGUGGCAUACGCUAGGAAGGUGGAGGGGGACAUGUACGAGUCUGCCAACAGCAGGGACGAGUACUACCACUUCCUGGCAGAGAAGAUCUAUAAGAUCCAGAAGGAGCUGGAGGAGAAGAGGAAGUCUCGGCUCCAGAAACAGAUCAUCAACCAGGGGCCUCUGACGGCUGCAGGAGCCCAACAGCAGCCUGGAGGUCUCCCCCAGCCCAACACCCUGGCUGGGCAGCCUGUUAGGCCACAGAACGGGCCAGUGUCUAUUCCCAAUGUGCCAAAUCAGAUCAUGAAUCGCAUGCAAAUUCCUCAAGGGCUCAGUCAGUUCAGCCCCAUGGCCCUGCCCAACAUCCAGAUGUCCCAGCAGCCUCUAGGGCCCCGUGCCGCCUCCCCCAUGAACCACCCCACACAGAUCAACAUGGGCUCCGUCCCCUCCAUGGGUCUGUCUCCCUCGCGGAUGCCCCAGGCCCAGGGAAUGCUGGGAGCCCGCGGCGGCGGCAGCAUGGUGGGCCAGACAGCCAAUCAGAACAGUCAGUUCCAUCCCCCUCAGACCCCAUUCCCCCCCUCUGCCUCCGGCGCCAUGAACGCUAACAACCUGGGUCUAGGCCAGCCCCCAGCACAGGCUGCUGUCACACAGCAGUCGCCGCAGCAGCAGAGCGCUAACCUCCCCAUGAGUGCACUUGGUCCCCUGGGCCCCCAGCUCCCCUCCCAGCCCUCCCUGCGCUCCACUCCUCCACCCUCCUCCUCUUCCUCCGCAGGGGGGUCCACAACUAACCUGCAGCCCCCCAAGCCCUCCAGCCGCAGCUCAACCCCCACCCUCUCCACCCCUGGUCCUUCCAACACCCCUCCCCGCCCAACCCCGACCCAGCCUCCUCAACCCCAGCCACAUACCCCCCUCCAGCCACAGACUCAGUCCCAACCCCAACCGGAGCUUCCUACAGUGCAGACCCAGCAGACCCCGACCACGCCGCUUUCUCAGACAGGUGCCAGUCUGGAUAACCGGGUGCCCACCCCGGCUUCUGCCGCCAGCGGCGACUUGCAUUCGCACUCCCAGCAUGCUUUGCCUGACCUGCCAGCCCAGGAGACCAAGGCCGAGCCGCGGCUUAGGGACCAGCGGGACUUUGAGUCGGCCAGCGGCAAGACCGAGCCCAAGAUGGAGACUGAGGAGGACUCUGGUUCGCUGUCAGUGAAGGAGGAGCCAGAGGAGAAGCAGGAGCCAAUGGAGACUGAGGAGAAGAAGCCGGAGAUGAAGACUGAGCCCAAAGAGGAGGAGGAGGAGGGGGGAGGAGCCAACGGCACAGUGUCCUCAUCCCCUUCUCAGUCACGGAGGAAAAUCUUUAAGCCAGAGGAGCUGCGCCAGGCCCUCAUGCCCACCCUAGAGUCUCUUUACAGACAGGACCCAGAGUCUCUACCCUUCAGACAGCCUGUAGACCCCAUGGUACUGGGCAUCCCGGACUACUUUGACAUCGUGAAGAACCCCAUCGACCUGUCCACCAUAAAGCGUAAGCUGGACACGGGUCAGUACCAGGAGCCCUGGCAGUACGUGGAAGACAUCUGGGUCAUGUUCAACAACGCCUGGAUCUACAACCGCAAGACGUCCCGCGUCUACAAGUACUGCUCCAAGCUGGCCGAGGUGUUUGAGCUGGAGAUAGACCCCGUUAUGAUGAGCCUUGGCUACUGCUGCGGCCGCAAGUAUGAGUUCUCUCCUCAAACUCUCUGCUGUUAUGGUAAGCAGCUGUGCACCAUACCCACCGGUGGCACCUACUACAGCUACCAGAACAGGUAUCAUUUCUGUGAGAAGUGCUUCAAUGAGAUCCAGGGGCACAGUGUGACGUUAGGGGACGACCCGGCACAACCACAGACAAUGAUAUCUAAAGACCAGUUUGAGAGGAAGAAGAAUGACACGCUAGACCCUGAACCGUUUGUUGACUGUAAAGAUUGCGGUCGGAAGAUGCAUCAGAUAUGUGUUCUACACUAUGACGUCAUCUGGCCAUCCGGAUUCAUCUGUGACAACUGUUUGAAGAAGAGUGGGAAAACACGGAAGGACAACAAGUUUUCUGCAAAAAGGUUGCAGACGACGCGGUUGGGCAUGUACAUCGAGGACCGGGUGAAUAAAUACCUGAAGAGGCAGAACCACCCUGAGGCAGGGGAGGUGUUCGUACGAGUGGUGGCCAGCUCCGACAAAACUACAGAGGUCAAACCUGGCAUGAAAUCCAGGUUUGUGGAUACAGGUGAGAUGUCGGAGACCUUCCCCUACAGAACCAAAGCACUUUUCGCCUUUGAGGAGAUCGACGGCGUGGAUGUGUGUUUCUUCGGGAUGCACGUGCAGGAGUACGGCUCGGACUGCUCCUUCCCCAACACCAGACGGGUCUACAUAUCAUACCUGGACAGUAUUCACUUCUUCAAACCUCGACUGCUGAGGACGGCAGUCUAUCAUGAGAUCCUGAUUGGCUACCUGGAGUAUGUCAAGAAACUUGGCUACUCUCAGGGUCACAUCUGGGCGUGCCCCCCCAGCGAGGGGGACGACUACAUCUUCCACUGCCACCCUGCCGACCAGAAGAUCCCCAAGCCCAAGAGGUUGCAGGAGUGGUACAGGAAGAUGCUGGAGAAGGCCUUCGCUGAGAGGAUCCUCCAUGACUUUAAGGACAUCUUCAAGCAGGCGACAGAGGACUGUCUGACGGGGGCCAACGAGAUGCCCUACUUCGAGGGGGACUUCUGGCCCAACGUGCUGGAGGAGAGCAUCAAGGAGCUGGAACAGGAGGAGGAAGAGAGGAAGAAGGAGGAGAACGUAUCCUGCUCCGAUACACCGGAGGUGGGCACGCCAGGGGACACUAAGAACGCCAAGAAGAAGAACAGCAAGAAGACCAAUAAGAACAAGGGCAGCGUGAGCCGAACCAAUAAGAAGAAGCCUGGUAUGCCGAAUGUAGCCAAUGACCUGUCCCAGAAGCUCUACGCCAGCCUGGAGAAACACAAAGAGGUGUUCUUUGUGAUCCACCUGCACUCGGCCCAGAUGGCCAAUAUGCUGCCCCCCAUCAUGGACCCUGACCCCCUGCUGAACUGUGACCUGAUGGACGGCCGCGACGCCUUCCUCACCCUGGCCCGGGACAAGCACUGGGAGUUCAGCUCUCUCAGGAGGUGUAAGUGGAGCACCAUGUGUAUGCUGGUGGAGCUGCACAACCAGGGUCAGGACCGCUUCGUCUACACCUGCAACGAGUGUAAACACCACGUGGAGACUCGCUGGCACUGUACCGUCUGUGAGGACUUUGACCUGUGUAUCAACUGCUACGCCGCCAAGGGCCACGAGCACCAGAUGGUCAAGUGGGGCCUGGGGCUGGACGACGACAGCAAUGGAGCGGGUGGCGCCGGCGAGGCCUCUAAGAGUCCCCAGGAGUCACGCCGUCUCAGCAUCCAGCGCUGCAUCCAGUCCCUGGUUCAUGCCUGCCAGUGUCGCAACGCCAACUGCAGCCUGCCGUCCUGCCAGAAGAUGAAGCGCGUGGUGCAGCACACCAAAGGUUGCAAGAGGAAGACCAACGGCGGCUGCCCUGUGUGCAAGCAGCUCAUCGCCCUGUGCUGCUACCACGCCAAGCACUGCCAGGAGAACAAGUGUCCCGUACCGUUCUGUCUGAACAUCAAGCACAAGCUACGGCAGCAGCAGCUCCAGCACCGCCUACAGCAGGCUCAGAUGAUGAGGAGAAGAAUGGCCACCAUGCAGGGAAGAGCAAUGCCCCAGAGCUUACCAUCCCCCCCUCUGGCCCCCACUACAACCCCCAACACCACCCCCUCCCACCCCCAGCAUAACCCACCCCAAACCCCCCAACAACCGCUUUCGAACCAGCCGCAGACCCCAGCGUUCUCUCCUCGCAACGGUCAUCCCCUAACGCCAGCUUCCAAGGGCAAGGGGGGACCUCAAGCGUCCCCUUUACACCAGCAGCAGUCACCUCUCCCCCCGCAACCUCCCCAACCCCAGCCACCCCCUCAACCUCAACAACCCCCUCAACAACAACCCCCUCUCGCUGCAGUCAAGAUGGCGCGGCACAUUGAGAUGGUGGCCCAAGCGCAGCAGCAGAACCAGCAGAACUACCGGGUCAACAUGAACGGCCUGCCGCUGCACCAGCAGAACCCCCAGCAGAACCCCCAGCAGCAGCAACGCAUGGCCGGACCCAUGCAGAUGGCUGGGGGUCAAAUGGUGGGACCCAGAGGGCCCCAGGGCAUGCAGCAGCCCAUGGCCCCAGGUCAGUGGCCCAGCGCUGGGGGAGCUCAGCCUGGACAACCAGGAGUUGGAGUCCCUCCCCAGGUGGGUCAACCCCAGCAGGGGAUACCGAUGCAACAGAGACCCAUGAUGUCUCCUCAGCAACAGGCCCAGGCUCAGAGGAUGCUAGUCCCCCAGCCGGGGGGUCCCAGACCCCAGACGCCGCCCCAGAGACCCGGGGCCAUCGCCCCCAACGCCCUCCAGGACCUCCUGAUGACCCUCAAGUCCCCCAGCUCACCCCAGCAGCAGCAGCAGGUCCUCAACAUCCUGAAGUCCAACCCCCAGCUCAUGGCGGCAUUCAUCAAACAGAGAACGGCAAAGUACCACGCCAGCAACCCCCAGCAACAACAGCAGCCGGGGAUGUUGGGAGCCCAGCCGGCGAUGCAGGCCAUGGCAGCCAUGCAGGCUGGGGCUGGGGGGGUCCAGAGGCCCGGGAUGCCCCCUCAGCAGCCUCAACAACCCACCGCCCAGGGGAUGGCUGCUUUAGGACCCCAGGGGCAACUCAUGAACCCUGGACACAACCCCCAACCCAACGCUGCCCAGAUACAGGAGCUCUACCGGAGACAGCUCCUACGACAACAACAACAGCAACAACAGCAGCAGCAGCAGGCCCAUCCAGCCAGCUACUCUCAGCUCCGCAUGCAGCAGCAGCAGCUAGCCAUGCAGGGCCAGGGCCAGCUCCCUCCCAUGGCCCAGAUGGGUCAGUCUGGCAUGGGCAUGGACCCCACCGCCACCACCCAGAACCUCUUGCACCAGCGGAUGCUCCAACAACAACAGCAGGGUAUCCCUAACCAACAGGCCGUCCUCAAGCAGCAGACGGGGGGCUCCCCGGUCCAGCCCAGCCCCACCAUGAGUCCCCAGGCCCAGGCCCACCUGCUGGCCGGCCAGCCCCAGCCUGGAGGUCACCUCCCUGGCCAGUCCCCCAUGGCCAAUGCCCUCUCCAACCGGUCCCCUGCACCCGUACAAUCCCCGUGCCCGCCCUCGCAACAACACCCACAUUCCAGCCCUUCGCCCCAGGUUCAGCCCUCACCCCACUCGGGGUCCCCCCACCCGGGCUUGGCAGGCCCCAUGCCUGGCUCCAUGGACCAGGGACACUUGGCCACGGCGGAGCAGAGCGCUAUGCUAUCGCAGAUAAACACGCCCGCCAGAGGAGGGUUGAACAAUGACUUGGGCACAGGAGGGGAUACGACGGGAGAUACGCUGGAGAAGUUUGUGGAGGGAUUGUAGCAUUAAACGGGAGACUUGGGCUACGUCCCAAAUAGGUGACACCCUAUUCCCAAUUAGUGCACCAGGGCCCUGCUCAAAAGUAGUGCACUAUGUAGGGAUUAGGGUGCCAUUUGGGAUGCAUCUAGAAACAAACCACGGUCUCCCCCCAUCCUCCACUGAUGUAUUCGGACUCUGGGCCCCUCCCUUAUUUGAGAUAUUGUUUGUUCUUUAUAAAGCAAUGAAAAAUCUCAUUUUUUUGUUUUGUUUUUACUUAUAUGUAAAAAGUUUCAAGAGAUGUAAAAAGAGAGAAAAUGGGGUAAAAUGUUAAAUGCCGACACUUAUAGGGGAAUGUUGAUGUUUCCUAAAACUGGUGUUUCUUCUUCCUUAUGAGUCGAGGGAUUUUGCAAAUUGCUGUUUAAAAGACGUUUAAAUCACAAAGAAUAUAUAUUUUUUGGUUGAGACCAAAAUGUGCUCAGACUUUGUUUUAUUUGUUUGGUAUUUGGUAUGAUGUCAUGCCUUUUUGUUUCCUUUUUAAAGAAAAUGUAUAAAACAAUUGCAUUAUAGUAUUCAUACUUUUUAUUUUGUACCUUUUUGGAGAAAAAAAGUAAAGCAUUUUUUUCUUUUGUGUUGAGACUGUAAAAUAAUUUUGUCUGGGAAUCGGGCCAGGUUUCUUUUCUCUUCUCAAGCUCUUCUCAUUCCUGGGACUUCAUCUAUGAAAAUGGCUCCAUGUUCCCAAUAUAGUGUAGUGUACUAUAUAGGGGAUAGGGAGCCAUUCCAGAUGCAGCCCUGGCAAUUGUAAUCUAAAGUGUUGUACCAUUUUUACAGAACCACCUGCAUUUGAGAGGGAGGGACUCCUCCUUUUCCUCUUUGUGAAGUGUGUGUGUUCGAGGAGAACUAUCCAUUUGUAUUGAAAUAGGAAAUGGACUAUGGCAGUUUGUGUAAUACACUGGCAUGUAUGCAGAAACACUUGAUACACACACACACACACACACACAAAAAAAACAAGGACAAUAUCUCACUAGCCUGGAAACCGGAAUCUCUGUCUUGACUUGAGGAUGUAGAAAAUUGUGGUUCUGUCAUUUAAAAAGUUUGUCAUAAUUUGUUGAUGUGUAAAGUUAAGUAUAUAAAGAGAACAGAAAACCGACUCUUAUCCCGAGGAGGAAUGGGGAACAGACGGACUAUCCUGAGGGGGAAUGGGGGUUCACUGGUUGACUGCUUGUUUGUUUUGAAAAGAGAUAAAUAAAUAGUCCAGCUAUCUAUCAACCCUCCAUCCUCAUUCCCCUCUCUCAAAAACACAAACUUGAAUAAAACUUGGGGUGGGUUACGUUCUCCUAGCUCCCUAUUGUAAAUCAUGCAAGUUGUUAUUAAGCAAAAAUACUAUAAAUAUAAGGAAGCGCGAAUGAAAUCACUGUAUAAACUGGUUAAAGACUCAUUUCUUACUUAUAUACCAUAUUGUUAAAUAAACUGUGUGCAACAGACAACACUUGGAGUUAUA